UUUGGCUGGCACCUAUUUUUCGGCAUCUGCCGAACCCUGUUGGAGACAGACCAGAUUGCAACAGAUCGCAAUCUUGUUCGAGUCGCGCGGAUGGCGAUCGCGAGUGCCAACGCCGCCGUGCAGCAGCUCUUGUUGAGCCACAUGGGCCUCGGGCCCAAGUUCAACUAUAGGUCGCUCUUUGGCCUGCCCGAGUUCGCGGCGCUCAAGUUCAAGCAGACGCUCCUCACGCAUGCUUGCAUUACGCGCAGCUCGCCCGUCGUCAUGGACGUCCUCCUCUUCCUGUCGCACACCAUGUCGGAGAUGCUCUUCCACGCUGAGCUGUGUCUACCCAAGCACCUUUUCGCGCUCGACCACUGGGCCAACCACUUGCGCCAGCAACAGCGCAGCCACCAGAGCACCAUCUUUGUGUCGCUGCGCGACUACCCGCUCAUUGCGCUCUUCAAAAGCGUCGGGCGCAUCAGCGAGCUGGCAGCCGAAGUCACGCGCUUGGUGCUCGCAGAGCCUGAUGCGCAGCGCGCCAGCGCUUGGGUCGACGAGGCAACCGACCUCUUUGCCACCACGGCGAGCACGUCCUGGCUCCAAGCCCAACUGCGGCAGCACAUUGCCUUUCAGCAGCUUUUGCAGCAAACCGAGGCGCGGGACCAGCGCGCGGCGCCACCGGCGAUGGCCAAGGCUGGCUACUGCGACAAGCGAUCGUCCAAAGGCGCCGCCGGUCUCAAUUGGCACAAGCGCUUCUUCGUGCUGGAUGGCCAUCAUUUUUGCUACUUCAAGCACGACACCGACAAGAUGGAAGCGUCGACCAACCCGUUCUUGGACAAGAAACCGCGCGGCAAGCUCGUCUUGGACCAAACCGUGAGCGUCCGGCCAGCCGUGCACGACUCGAGCACGCGUGCCAAGCAGCUCCAACGACAAUACUGCAUCGAAGUGCUCAUCCGCGGUGUGCCGACGAUCCUCUUUGAUGCGUGGACCAAGACAGACCAGGCCGAGUGGCUCGGUGCAUUCGAAGCCAACAUUCAGCGGACGACGUUCGACCCGAUCUGGCUGCGCUUCCCGCGCCCUUGCGUGCUGGCGAUGACGAUCGCUCAGUUUCUGCGCUACACGAUGAUGUACCCCGAUGGCUCAUCGUCGACGAACGACGACCAGAACGGACUCUACGUCUGGGACGCGCCGCGCGUGCGAAGCCUCCAGGCAGCCUACGACAUUGACGCCAACCGCAUUCUGUACGCCGCGCUCGUGCACUGCGCCGUGCGGCACGAGUGGGAUGCGCUGGAAGCGCUCACACGCCCCGGAAAGGUCAAACGGCUCUUUACGUCCCAGCCGCAAUCGACGAUCGGGUUUGGUGCCUUCUUGGACGCUGCGCUCGAGUACAAGGCACCACCAUCCGUGCUAGCGAGCUACGAAGCCGCGUACGCCAAGCAGACAAAGGGCUGGGUCUCCCAGCUCACGGACGCAUAAGAACAACAUGAAUAGAACUAGUGUACGAGGCCACGCCGUCCAAAAGCGCCUGGUGUUUGCUGUACACCUGUGUAUAGCUCGAGCAGGAUAGCAACGGCUGAAGGUAUAUAGUCCACCACAAGUUGUCUAUUGGAGAGUGCAAAACGCAAGUUGUAGUUGGUGCUGUGGACGAGAGAUCCAGUGCACAAUGUUUACUGUAUUCCACCUAUGCGAGUAACGGACUUUGCAUUUUGACACAA